AUGGCAUCCGCUCGUAAGGUUUGGGGAGACUAUCCAGUAUAUUAUAAAAACCCAAUUAGAUUUUGUCGUUAUCAUGCACACGUGAACCCACAUCUAUUCCUUUCCGUUGUCUUAGGUGUAAGUGGUCCACUUUUAUUACUUCUUACUCCAUUAAGAAGGAAAUUCUUAUAUGAAGAUUAUGCCCCAGUUCCAUAUACUUAUCCACUUCCUACCAGAGCAAGAGACGCUACUUUGACUGGAUUUGAUGACGAAUAA